AUGCAUAUGAUCACAACCACCAUGAUUUUUAUGAUUCUUGGUGCUUCAGUUGUAAUGGCGAUAGCCUGUUUAAUGGACAUGAACGCACUACUGGAUCGCUUUCACAACUACAUCUUACCGCAUCUACGAGGGGAGGAUCGCGUCUGUCACUGCAACUGUGGAAGGCAUCAUGUCCACUAUGUAAUCCCAUACGAUGGGGACCAUUCCUUGGUGGACUCAUCAGAGAACUACUUUGUGAGUGACAGUGUGACCAAGCAGGAGAUGGACUUGAUGCUGGGGCUGCUGCUUGGCUUCUGCAUCAGCUGGCUGCUGCUGUGGCUGGACGGAGUCCUACACUGUGCCGUCAGGGCCUGGAGGGCGAGCCGCUACUACGAUACCCCGUCCUGGUCAUGGCUGCCCCAGUUCUGCAACCUUCGAGACCUCCGUCGCCGAGCCCAGCUCAGACAGCUGGACGACUCCAGCGGCAACAUGGUCCACAUCAAGCAGAAGCUCUACCACAAUGGCCACCCUAGUCCCCGCCACCUCUGA